AUGACGACCCCCAAUAAAGGAAGCAAGGCCUUGAAGGUGAAGCGGGAGCCCGGCGAGAAUGGCACCAGCCUGACUGACGAGGAGCUGGUGAGCAUGUCGGUCCGAGAGCUGAACCAGCACCUGCGCGGCCUGUCCAAAGAAGAGAUCAUUCAGCUCAAACAGCGCAGGCGCACGCUCAAGAACCGCGGCUACGCCGCCAGCUGCCGCGUGAAGCGCGUCACGCAGAAGGAGGAGCUGGAGAAGCAGAAGGCGGAGCUGCAGCUGGAGGUGGAGAAGCUGGCCUCGGAGAACGCCAGCAUGAAGCUGGAGCUCGAUGCGCUGCGCUCCAAGUACGAGGCCCUGCAGAACUUCGCCAGGACGGUGGCCCGCAGCCCCGUGGCGCCAGCCCGGGGCCCCCUCACCGCCGGCCUGGGGCCGCUCGUGCCCGGCAAAGUGGCUGCCACCAGCGUCAUCACGAUAGUCAAGUCCAAGACGGACGCCCGGUCGUAG